UUGAUGUCACUGCCGCACCUGCGCAGCCAUCUUGUACUUUGAGCGAAGAGCGGACACAGAAAGAAAGAAAAAGAAGAAAAUAACCUGUCAAGUCAGACGAAAAUAGGAAUGUCUGUAAACGUUAUAUAGCCUCGUAACGAUUAGACAGCCAAGAAGGACAAGGGGAGUUAGAAAAUACUGUGAAAGACAUCCAAGUGCCUUGGAUAUUGAGACCGACAAUCCAUAUUUGCCUGUGAAAGCAGAGUGAGAGAGAGGAGGAAGGAACAGUGAAAUCGCCGAGAGAAACAUAUCCCGAACGUCAGUCAAAUCAUGAAUCCAGAAUAUGACUACCUGUUCAAGCUCCUCCUUAUUGGUGACUCCGGUGUGGGAAAGUCCUGUCUUCUGCUCCGGUUUGCUGAUGACACCUACACGGAGAGCUACAUCAGCACCAUCGGCGUAGACUUCAAGAUCCGCACCAUCGAGCUGGACGGCAAGACCAUCAAACUGCAGAUUUGGGACACUGCUGGUCAGGAGAGGUUCCGCACCAUCACCUCCAGCUACUACCGGGGAGCCCACGGCAUCAUCGUGGUCUAUGAUGUCACAGAUCAGGAGUCCUACAACAACGUGAAGCAGUGGCUGCAGGAGAUCGACCGCUACGCGAGCGAGAACGUCAACAAGCUGUUGGUGGGGAACAAGUGUGACCUCACCACCAAGAAAGUGGUGGACUACACAACAGCCAAGGAGUUUGCCGACUCCCUGGCCAUCCCAUUCCUGGAGACCAGUGCCAAGAACGCCACCAACGUGGAGCAGGCCUUCAUGACCAUGGCUGCUGAGAUUAAGAAGAGGAUGGGACCCGGGGCCACGGCCGGCGGGGACAAGCCCAACCUGAAGAUAGACAGCACCCCGGUUAGGCAGUCUGGCGGGGGAUGCUGUUAAACCGGACCCGGUUCUGGAUGCUCACCACCUCCUCCCGUCCCUCUCUGCCCGGGGCUUCACCUCCUCUCCCUCCACUCUUCACCCCUCAGCCUCCCUUCCAUCUCCCUUUGUCUUACCCUACAGAGAACCAAUGGGAACAGGAUUAAGUGAGGGAUGGAUGGGUGGUCAGGGAGAGGAUGAGAUGGAGGGGAGGAGUUGAAGGGCUAGAACUGCAGACUGACUUAAACUCUCUCCCCUAAAAAAGUGAAUGGGGAAAAAUAGUUAGGUAGGUAGGGGUGAGGGGGGGUUUGAAGAUUAUUAUUAUUUUUUUCAUUUUUGUUGAGUGAUGAGGCAGGAAGGUAAACAGAUAUGAGAAAAGAUUGGUAUUGAUUUAGAGGGGAACUGGGUGAUAGAAGAUUAGGUUUUAGAUUCUGGCGAGCGCUUAUCGCUCACACACACACACACACAUUGAAAGUGGGUCGGAGUGAUUCUCCCAUUCGAGAUAGUCACAGGUAUGGGUCUCUUUCCUUCAGGCUAUGUCUUUCAUUGCAACCCAGUGGAAGUCAUAUAGCAAAAUUAAGUUUAGUGUGCUACAGUAGUAAUCUGUCUAUUGGGCCUAUUUUAUAUGUUGGGGGACCUUGUAGUCAUCUUAAGUCUGUCUACAGCAUAGAUUGAGUCACGGGCACCGUCUGGUCCACGUUUUAUGGCUCAAAUGCAAUAGUAACACUCAUGUAUUUAUGACUAUCCAUCCGUUAUACAAACUGAAUUGGCAUUGGAACAGAAAGCAGACAGUUGUGUGCCACUACCAGCGUACUAACAUUCUAGUGAGGCGGUGGUGAGUCAUCGAUGUUAUUAAAUGAUGGGGGAUGCCCAUUUGUCGUGCUUGCCCCCAGGCAUCUCUAAUCGUUCUCUUUUUCUGCCUGAAUGAAGGCAUCAGCAGAGGGGGGGGACUCAUACACUGCAGUCUGUGUGAAGAGGGUAUUCUGGGGGUGGUGGGACUUCUCGUAGACCGCGUGCUUUAGGUUGAUUUGACACUCCAUGCAGAUCAUGAGAGCUUUUGGUCAAACUUGGAAUCACUCCAUUCCCUCUCCCUCCAUCCCUCCACAUGCAGAAUGGAGGAUGUAGUGAGAGAAAGGGAGAGUGCAAGACAUGUCUUUUCGGUUCUGUAGUAUAUGGUGUUAGUUAGCCCACAUCACUCCUGUUAGGAUUUCACAUAUUUAAGAAUAAAAAAAUAACACGCGAGAUACGCUUAGGUCAUGUUUGUAUGUCUUUAAGUCGUCAUGACACUAUAUUUGACAUUAUAAAUCAGCCCUGAAUGCUGAUUUGCUGACAGCGGUGGAGAAUCCGACCGUCUGCCACGGGUGUGACAAAACAUUUCUUUUUACUGCUCUAAUUACGUUGGUAUCCAGUUUUAUAAUAGCAAUGAGGCACCUCUGGGGUUUGUGACAUGGCCAAUAUACCAUGGCUAAGGGCUGUGUCCAGGGACUCUGCGUUGCGUCUUGCCUAAGAACAGCCCUCGCCGGGGUAUAUUGGUCAUAUACCACAACCCCUCGGGCCUUAUUGCGUAAAUAUACCCAAGUGGUUCUUCAACAUACACAGACAGUACACACACACACACAGAUAACGGGGCAUGACAUAAUGUAGUACUAGGUUAGGGGCGGGCGUAGACAGGGGAUUGGGCAAUGCAACUGAUAUUCAACAACGAUUUAAUUAGGACAUUACUCUGACACCACAAAUUGGCAAUAUCCUACAUUCUGUGUUCAUCUUAAUAGAUUGUUAUUCAUAUUGUUUCAUAGGUAUUAUUAUAAUGAUUUUAUUUGAUAUUUCUUUUUGCUUGAAAUGCUGUCAAACUUACGUUAUUGGGUGGGUGGGUCGGUUGGAAUGUUUUUUUUGGUUGUUGCUAGGUUUGACCGGGUCGGGGGAGUUUCUCUAUGAAAGCUACUGUUCCCUCCUGUGCCUUACUGGUCUCUUAAAGAUACUGACCGCAUGCUUCACUUGUGUAGCAUCUCACAGUCGCACCACAGGUUCUCUUUGCCUUGGCCAUGACCGACUUCUCAGACCAUGUUUCCACCCCCCUCUCUGUCGUCACGUGUCCCACAGUGCGUUUCCUUUAUGGUUGUCACGGUUUCAUGUCAGUUAGUGUGGUUGUUAAGAAGCGUAGCCAGUGCGUGACUGUUUAAAUGGCCCAAGGUGUCCUGACCUAGCUAAUUAUGUUCAAGUGGAGUCCCUACUCAGACCGAAGUCUCAAUACUGUACUAUGACCACAUGUCAACUCAUUACCUCAGAAGCUCUCUCUUUAGAUCAUUGCGCGAAUAGUGUUCUUCAUUGUCAACUGCUGGUUCCUGUAGCCUCUAUAUAGCCUAAGACAUGAAGUGUUCGGCGAGUCAGAAUUUGUGUUCAUGGUUCCGGCUGUCCUGAUCUCCCCCUCCUACAGUAUCCUGCCCUGCGCCGUUCCCUUCCCAGUCUGUCCGCACGGUUCUCAUGGCAGUGUGUUAUUUUUCAGCGACAUUCCUAUGGAACUAUGGGUCCUUGCAGGGACGUGGAGAAAACCCUUCAACCCCUGACCUUAACCAACACUGGUGGUUUUUAAUUUAAUGCGCUGCAGUAGAGUGAACAAGGCCUCUAAGCGUUUGUGUUCUAGACAACAAAGGCAAUUGGCAUUCGUUGAUUAUUACAACCUCAGUUUUCAACCCUUUUCUUUUUCAAGACCGUUUAUGACUGUAGAAGUAGGCAUGGUUACAAUCGGACUUUGGGAAGAUCUAUUCUCUGCCUUUGGUGGGAAUUAGGGUGACAUGCUGAGAACCUGGACUAGACCUGGAAGGUGAUAUUCCUUUUGUCUUUAUGGUUUUCCCUUGUCUUGGUCUUGACAGUCUGAAAUCAUCCAGUAGUGUGUGUGUGUGUGUAACAGUUCUAAUCUUGUACCUGUAUAGCUUUAUAGCUAUGUAAAGUGCAGACAGAGGUUCUUACUUUUACGACAACUAUAUAAGCAUGUUAUGGUCAUGCUAUUUGGUCAUUGGGUUUGAUCGUGUUACGUCAUCAUGGUUACGUUCCUAGAGCACGGUCGCGGUCCUAGGUUCUGGUUCAUUGGGUUGAAGUGUUCGACUGUGUGCUUGAGCGUUCGGGGUUAAGAGGGACUGACUGGUCUUGCCAUGCAGACCGGAUAUGAACUCCCAUCAACCUCCUCUUAAAGCCAAUCCAUUUAUUCAAACUCAACGAAUCCAACGAUGUUCUUUGUGACCCGGUUCCAACUACUCAUCAUUGAUAACGGAAUCUCGCUUGGACUUUGGGAGCAUUCCUGGUGUUCCCGGGUUGGUCUUCGAGAGAGACUUGUAAUUCCUCAGCACUUAAGGUGGCACGGCCUUGUCCUCCGGGCUCAGAGCUCCAGGUAGUGAGGUAUGCUAUGCAUUCCCCAUGCAAUUGCAAAGUGCAGUUUCAGCCUCUACAAACUGCGAUGUCCAAUUAAUACCGACGAGUUAGUGAGCUCUUGCUGUCCGCAGCAUAUGGCCACCAAACCAGUCUAUGGCAUUCAUGUCUAGAAGAGUGAUGUUAGGGCAGAAUGCAGAAUCUGAUUAAGUGUGAACAGCAGGUUUAGAGAAGUUGUGACUCUUUUUAUAUGUAGGGUAGUAGAUACAGUAGCCUUAGCCCUUGUGUUUUUAGAAGAGUCCUUACAGAUGGGGUGGGAAAACUAGGCUAAACCCCGUGACACAAUGCAAGACUCAACCGGACUGGAUUGUGCUGGGCCAUUUUAUGCUUAGGCAGUUUGGUGUGAUGAAUUUGAGAAUCUGGUAGUAAUCAGCUGACUGUCACUGGUAGGAAAGGAGGGAGAGAUCAGUAGUAAGUAGGUGAGGGGGGGGGGGGGGGGGGGGGGUUGUGUGUGUGUAACAUUCCUGCUCUCUGAACACAGGCUUGCUUUCUGGCUUUUCCCUCAAAUCUUUAAAUCAGCCCUUCUGCGAAUGAAACGAUUGUUUGAAACUCUACAAACAAGACGCACGCACACUUGGUCACACGGACAUGCUAAAAUGGACUUUUGAUUUGUUCUGAAUGUGCUUUUUCCUUCCACGACGUCUUCUUCAUAUUCUACUGAUUUUAAUAUAUGAAUUGAAAAUAUACUGUGGUAAUAUUGUGUCGUCUGGUCUGUCGAAGGAUAAGAGGGUUUAGGAAAUGUGGGUGGGACAACACAUGGGGUGUGGAGUUAAGGGCGGGCUCUGGUUCGGAGCUUGCUCGUGAAUGUGAUUAUGCCGGAACUAGAAUCUUGCUAGAAUCCCUAGAAUGUUUUCCCAUGUCAUUGUCACACUACUUUGUUGCUCUUCCGUGGCUUAAUAAAGGAACACGCGCUGUUCUUUUUAAUACCGAGCAUCGUGCAGGUCCUCUCCUGGUCGUCUGCACUUUUUUUUUUUCCUUUUCUGUUUUUCGCUUGUCCACUUUGGUGCUCUGUCUCACUGCUGAUUUUCAUCGUGUUUUUUUUUUCUUCUGUACAUAUUAUAAAUAUAUAUAUAUAAUAAUAAAAAAAAGAUCAAUGUCAA